CCGUCGCUUUCAUGAGCUCAAAGGCAAAUGUCAGCCUCCGACGAGAGCCGGGUUCGACUCCCGGUAACGGAAAAUGCAUGUUUUUUUUUGGCUUUUGGCAUAAGCCUCUCUCCACGUUGGAUUGUCUUUGCCUUUAAAGUCCCUUCUCCUUUUUGGCCAAGUGUGACCGCAUUGGUCACUCCGUAUCACACCGAGAUGGACAACAUUCUGGCUGAGUUAUCCCAACUCGCCAACCCAUGAUUCAGGUCCUACGUUUGACUGCCCUACCUU